GACAUGGUGCGAGUCUGAGAACUCUGUCAGUAACCAUGAGUUUGUCCAGCAUCAGCACGGAGUCGGAGUUUUCUGAGGAGGACGAGCAGGAGGGUUGUGAGUCAGGUUUGGAAGUUUCAGACACUCCCAGUGAAGAUGUUUUCAAUAAACUGUCAUCUGCUUGCGAAAGCGAUCUCACGGAAGUCAGCGUUGCUAAAAAGCGAAAGCGACCGGCUCGAUCCAAAGCUCGCAGGGUCGCUGCAAACGUCCGAGAACGCAAGCGCAUCCUGGACUACAACCAAGCCUUCAAUGCAUUACGCGUGGUGCUGAAUCACGACCUCAGCGGCAAACGUCUAUCAAAGAUCGCCACUCUGCGUCGGGCCAUCCAUCGCAUCUCAGCUUUGUCUGAGCUCUUGCACUCGGACUCACAAGAGGAACCGGACGCACCACCCAGCGUCCGUCCCGGGCGCCAAGAGGAACCGUCGGAGAACUGGACAGACUCCCAGCACCGAGCUGACCUUCACAAAACAUCUCAGCAUGCUUCACUCAGAUCUGGAGCUCUCAAAUCACUGUCUUCUCCUACAUCUUACAGCAGUCUCUCUCCUGCAUGCACAUACUCUGUAGAGGCUCUGAACUCUCCAAGCUUUCACCCUAACCCUGAGUAUCACUUGGGCUUCAAGCACAUGGAUGCGUUUUCGGAUGCCUCGGCCAUUCCUUUCUCUUGGCAGUGGCAGUGCUCGGGGUUCCAGCAGUCUCUGAGCAUGCACUGAUCACCUGAGACACACACACACACACUGUGCACUUAUUACACAAACUUUAUCUUUGUGGAGAACUAAUGGACUAUGGAGGAUUAAACUGUACUGUAUUUAACAGCAUCGGCUGCGUUAAAUGUAGCGCACGAGCUGCAGCUCUGCAUUAGCCUUGAAUAUGCAGGUAAAUAUGCAGUACUGCAAGGCUGCAUUCCUGAAAUACUGGAUUCUCGAGUGUGCAGUAAAUGAUUUGAAAAUGUACAGUACAGUAGAUUUUAAUGGCUAAUGUAGUACUUACAGAUGUGGAACAUCUUUUGACAGUAUAUAGUAAAAACAAAAAAAAAAUGGCUAGCUGUAUAUUUAUACCUGAUUCUGAGAUCCAAAUUUGGAAACUUUAAUAAAUGUUACUUUUAUAUAAUUAAAAAAUGACCCAUGAUAAGGUUUACAUGAUUCAUGGACUAUCCACAUGAUUUACUGUAUGUUGGUAUGGAUAAAAAUCUACAUCGGAGUAGCAACAGGAGCUCCAUUUAUCACCGGGCCACAUGACACUACUGAUUAUAAUCCUAUUCUAACAGUUUUAUUUCUUAUCACACACUCAUUUGAUAUGCUGUAUGUUAUAUGCAAACAUGUUUGCUUUACACCUCUGGGGUUGGAUUCCUGCUUGCACCCUGUGUGUUUGUGUGUGUCCAAAGACAUGUGUUGUAAGCUGACAUCUCUGUAGUGUGUGUGUGUGUGUGUGCGUGUGUGUGUCCAAAGACAUGUGUUGUAAGCUGACAUCUCUGUAGUGUGUGUGUGUGUGUGUGUGUGU